UGAUUCAUGCUAAGGAACCUUUGGCAGAAUUAUGGAGAAUAAAUGAUGCCCAACUACCCGAGUAUAUAAAUAUUGAGAAGAAUUUAUCUGCGGUGGAUAAAGUUAUAAAACCAUUACUGAAUAAGGACUACUUUGCUGGAACUUACGUGGAUGUAAUAAAGAAAGAAUUAAUUAUUUAUACAGCAAACAACUCCGCGAUCACACCUCUUCUGAUAUUACCCGAAGUAAGACCAUACAGAAAUCUUCUUUCAUUUGUAAAAGUAAGAGCUUCCGAAGCUAAUUUAAAAAUAAAAUAUGAUCAAAUAAGAGAAAUGAUUGAUAGGGUGAAUGAAGCAUUUAUACAACAUGUUGAACCAUUAAGGCCGAUUAUAAUUGAUACACCUGAUCCAAGCCAGAAUCUCAAAAAAAGACAGACGAUAAAUCAAACGAUAUUACUUGGAGAAGAGAUAAUUAAUCAAAAUAAAAACACUAGUUGUACAAUAG